AUGAAAGAGGACUGCUUCUACUUUAUAACUUCUACCUGUGCAAGAGGGCCGCAAUGUACAUAUAGGCACAGCCAAGAGGCAAAAAACUGCCAAAUAGUAUGCAGCAACUGGAAGAAUGGAACAGACUGUUUGGAUGCUUGCCCGUAUAGGCAUUCUGACUACCAGAUAAAAGAAAAGCCUGCUGUAGAGUGCUACUGGGAGACACAUGGUGGAUGCAAGAAAGCAGACUGUCCAUAUGUUCACAAGCAGAGUGUCUCUCAGCCUGUAAAGAGCGAUCCCCCUUGUCUAUUAGAUAUUCACAAAUUGCGCUGCGAUUUAGAGAAGAUAAACUUUGAUUUAGAGCAGCUAAACAUAACAGAGUGCCACCAAUAUCAGAAUAUUUCUGUAAAGAACAUAGGGGAGCUAAUGAAGGAGCUGCGAGAGAUUGAAGGGGUGUUCCAAGGAUAAUUCAUUCAAGAUGUUUAUUGGCCAGUUUCUUUAAAAAAG